AUGUUUAGACAAGGAUUUGAAAUUUCCGAUUUUCCCUCCACAAACGAGGACUCUUUCUCUGGUUUUUUUUUUCUCACUCCUCCUCUGGUCUGUAAAUGGGAGAUGGAGAUCGAAGAGGUCGAAUCUGUAAUGGAGAAGAUUUGGGACCUUCAUGACAAGCUCAGCGAUGCCAUUCACUCCAUCUCUAGAUCUCACUAUCUCACUUCCAUCAGAUGCGUUGGUAAAGGCGACGAUACUUUUCAUCCUCGAAACUUCGCCAAUAAGAAACCUCCGUCGACCUUCGAUAACAAUCCCCCCCGGGAAGGUUUCGUCUACGUUAAGGAUUUCCCACUUGCCGAUGACAACAAUUCGGAGAUUCAUGAAGCCCAGAGCUUGAAUGCCAUCCGAACCGCUCUCGAGAACCUUGAAGACCAGCUCGAGUUCUUCCAUACAGUACAAACACAGCAGAGGGCUGAGAGAGAUUCAGCAAUUGCUCGGCUGGAGCAAAGCAGGAUUAUCUUGGCUAUGAGAUUGGCUGAACACCAAGGUAAGAAGUAUAAAGUGAUUGAAGAAGCCCAAGCUUUUGUAGGGAAUGUUAAGGAUGCCAAUUGCUUUGUUACUCCUGAAAAUCAUUUUGUAUCGGCUCAAAGUCCUGCAAAAACUCAGAAAGGAAUACGAUCUGCUGAUCUAGUAAAAGCAGUAAUAUCAGGCUUCCAUUGUGCUCAGAAAACCCUAAAGGAUCAAAUGGGUGGGCUGUUUGGCAAUGCUGCUUUGAUUGCAAUUAGUAUGUUUGCAUUAUUACAGCUGCAUAAAGCUGGGAAUGUUGGCAAUGUCUUAGAACCCAAGAGUAAUGUAAAGAGAGUUGCUCAAUCUAAUAAUAGCCCAUUUAAUGCUAAAUUAAGUAAUAAGUUGGAUGUAAUGUUGGCUAGAGGUUGAAUUAGAGGUGAGAAUUCUUUGUCCUUCAAUAUAUUGUUCACAAUCUAAAAGUGGAGAAAGUGAAUGAUGGGUUUGAUUCAA